AAAACAGAGGGAAACACCCAACGACUGGAGAGUCAGCGACAUGCACAGAGAGGUACUGAGGAUAAGAACAGGUGAGAGGACUCGGUGAGCUGCAGCCAUUUACAAGCAGGAAAAUGUCAUUUUGGGAUUUUUGGAGAGGUCAGGAGGAGAGAGGAGCACUGCUGAGGAGAACCAAUCAGCUGAAACUUGAUCCAUCACAGCUGAAGCGGUUGCUCUGCGAUGGUGCAGUUCGGGCGGAGCUGCGCGAUGCCAGGAUGGUGUCUCUGCUGCCCCCUGUUGGUACGGAGGCAUUCAGACACUUCACACCGGCGUCACUGGAGGAGAUCCAACGACCAAGUGAAGCUGAGGAGAAGGAGCAACAGGAGAGGAAACAGGUAGAUGAGAAGGACCGGCUCAAACAACCCGCUCACCUGGAGGCCGGGAAGCCCCUCCCAUUCAUCUAUGGAGACCCACCCCCUGAGCUGCUCAACACCCCAUUGGAGGAGCUGGAUCCCUUCUACCAAUCACAGACGACGUUCGUCGUGCUCAGUAAAGGAAACGUCAUCCACAGGUUUAAUGCUGAACCCGCCUGCUACCUGCUGAGUCCGUUCAAUCGUCUUAGGACCUUCGCCAUCAGGAUUCUCGUCCACUCCUGGUUCCGUUUGUUUGUCCUGUUGACGAUUCUGACAAACUGUGUGUUCAUGAUGUUGCGUGAUCGUCCGGCCUGGAGCGACACUGCAGAAUACGUGUUCACAGCCGUCUACACAUUUGAAAUCAUCAUAAAGACCGUGUCGAGAGGCUUCUGCAUCGGACGCUUCACCUUCCUCAGAGAUCCCUGGAACUGGCUCGACGUCAUCGUCGUCGGCUCAAUAUUUCUGACAGAGUUUAUAUAUCUGGGAAAAGUUACUCCUGUGCUGUGGAUAGUUCCCCGAACACUGAAGAUAAUCGCAGUCUGUCCCGGCAUGAAGAAGACUGUCGGAGCUGUCGCCCAAUCAGUGAAGAGGCUUGCUGGUGUCAUCGUCCUGACGGCGUUGAGCCUCAGUGUCUUGGCUGUGAUUGGUCUGCAGGUCUUCAUGGGAAGUCUGAGGCAGAAAUGCGUCAUAAUGCCACUGCUUGGUAACCUGACCGACAUUGACCUCACCGGUUACCAUGACAACGAAACAGGAAGCAGUGACUUUAAUUUCUACAAGUACAUCAACAGCUCUGAGAAUUAUUACUACUUCCCUGGUCAACUUGAUGCUCUAGUGUGUGGAAACAGCUCUGACUCUGGGCGCUGUCCAGAGGGCUACGUCUGUCUGAGGGCCGGUCGAAACCCAAACUACGGAUUCACCAGCUAUGACUCGUUUGGUUGGUGUCUGCUGGACAUGUUCAGACUGAUGACCCUGGACUUCUGGGAAAACCUGAUCCAGCUGACGUAUCGUGCAGCAGGUAAAAUCUCCACAAUCACUUUCGUGCUCCUCGUCUUCCCCACCUGUUCCUGCCUCCUCAGCCUCAUUAUGGCAGUGGUUGCCAUGGUGUCCAUUGAGCAGGACAGGGCAGACGUCGCUGAGGCCAAACAGAGAGAAGAAGAGUUCAUUCAGGUCCUGGAGGUGAUGAGGAGGAGGGAAGAGGAGGAGGAGGGGGAGGCGGCCUGCAGAGUGGAGCUCUUAGAGAAACAAGACUCAGCACCACAGAAGAAGAAUUCAGCCACAGUAAUAAAAAACCAGGAAGACCCUGCCAUAGGAGACGACCGGAUAUUGUGUCCUCCAUGUUGUCUGACCUGCCUGAGGUGGAACUGCUGCGGCUGCUGGAGGUGGCUCAAACAGCGGCUCUACACCUUGGUCACACACCCGUUCUUUGACUUCGGGGUCGUCGUCUGCCUCAUUCUUAACACCAUCUUCAUUGCCAUGGAGCAUUAUCCAAUGACGCCAGACUUUGAAGAGAUGCUGAGCAUCAAAAGCCUGGUCUUCACAAUGAUCUUCAGCAGUGAGAUGCUCCUCAGAAUCAUGGCCAUGGACCCAUACGGUUACUUCCAGGUGAGCUGGAACGUCUUCGACAGCAUCAUUGUCAUCAUCAGUCUGUUGGAGCUGGCAUUCGCUGAUAUUGAAGGCCUGUCUGUGCUGAUGCGGGUGCUGAGGCUGGCGCGGUGGUGGCCGACCUUCCACAUGUUGAUGAAGAUUAUCUGGGCCUCGGUCAGGGCUUUGAGGAACCUGACUCUUGUUCUGCUGAUCAUGGUCUUCACCUUCACCGUUGUUGGCAUGCAGCUGUUCCAUAAGGACUACAAAGACUGCGUCUGUCGCAUCGCGGAAGACUGCGAGCUUCCUCGCUGGCACAUGAACGACCUGUUCCACACCUUCCUCCUCAUCUUCAGGAUUCUGUGUGGAGAAUGGAUCGAAACCUUGUGGGACUGCAUGGAGGUUUCGGGUCAGAGCGUGUGUCUGAUCUUCUUCAUGAUGGUUGUGGUCAUUGGAAACCUGCUGGUUCUGAAUCUGUUCUUGGCCUUGUUGCUGAGCUCGUCCACUGGUGAUAAUCUGACGUCUCCAAAAGAAAGAAGAGAAGGCAACCUGCAGAUCACCAUAAACCGGAUCAAAGGGGGUGGGGCCUGGAUCAAGACCUGGAUCUUGGAACAUAUCUGGACUUUGCGAGGGAAGCAGUACCACCCCAAGCCAGACCACAAAGUGGUCGACAGUAAGAAAGACGACACUAAGGAGAACCUGGGUUUGACCUCUGUGACCUCAGACCAGCCGGUGUCGGACAUCAAGGCCCUCAAAGGUAACCGUGGCUUCCAGAGGGUCCCCAUCGCGGAGGCUGAGAUCGAGUUCAAGACGCCUGAAGACAAAGAGAAAAAGCAACUACAGGAUGGAGACAAUCACAGAGAAAACUCACCUGAGGACUGCUACUGUGACGGUUGUUACCGUUGCUGUCCAUUCCUGGAUGUAGACACUUCCCAGGGUACAGGGAGGGUCUGGUCUAACAUGAGGAGAGCCUGUUUCUCCAUUGUACAACACAGAUACUUUGAGGUCUUCAUCAUUGUCAUCAUCCUGCUGAGCAGCGCAGUUCUGGUGUUGGAGGACAUCCACCUGCAGCAGCAUCAGGUGUUACAGAUGGUUCUGGACAAAGCAGACCAGGUGUUCACCUACCUGUUCCUGCUGGAGAUGCUUCUCAAGUGGAUUGCCUUCGGAUUCAAGAAGUACUUCACCAGCGUCUGGUGCUGGCUCGACUUCCUCAUCUUGGCCAUGUCUCUGAUGUCAUUGACUCUUGGCAUGAUGGGAUACUCUGAACUGGGAGCAGGUGUAUCUCUGAGGACUCUGAGAGCUCUGAGGCCCCUGAGGAUCCUGUCUCGCUUCCAGGGCCUGAGGGUGGUACUGAGGACUCUGACAUUAACCCUCCCGUCCAUGUUUGACGCUCUGCUGGUGGCUCUGGUUGUCUGGUUGAUCUUCAGCAUCAUAGGAGUGAAUCUGUUUGCUGGAAAGUUCUAUUACUGUUUUAAUGAGACAUCAGAGGAGUUCUUCACACCUGAUCUGGUGAACAACAAGACCGAGUGUUUAAAUCUGAUCAUGGCGAACUUCACUGAAGUCCGCUGGAAGAAUAUCAAGGUCCACUUUGACAACGUGGCAAUGGGUUACCUGUCGCUGCUGCACAUGGGCUGUAUCAGCGGCUGGUUGGAUGUCACAUACGCAGCAGUGGACUCCAGACAGGUGGAGUCUCAGCCCGUGUACGAAGCCAACCUGUACAUGUACCUGUACUUCAUCUGUUUUAUCAUCAUUGGACGCUUCUUCACCUUCAACCUCUUCAUCAGAGCCUCCAUCAACGCAUUGGACCAGCUGAGACACAAGACAGGGAAACAUGUUUUCAUGACUGAGGAGCAGCAGAAACUUUCCAGAGCCUUGAAGAGACCGUUCUCAGAGAAACCUCAGAAACCUGUUCCACGACCUCAGAAUAAGUGCCAGGCUCUGCUCUUUGACCUGGUGACCAACCCUUAUUUUGAAGUCUUCAUGGUGGUGGUGAUCUGCAUGAACGCAGUGGCUCUGAUGGUGGAGACAGAUGUGCAGACUAUAGAGAAAGAGGAAAUACUGUACUGGAUCCACUUCAUCUUCAUCAUCAUCUUCUUCAUCGAGUGCCUUCUGAAGAUCAUCGCGCUCCGACAGCACUACUUCUCCGACUGCCUGAACAUCAUCGACCUCGUCAUCGUUUCCCAGAGCAUUGUAGGUGUGUUCCUCGCUGACUUACUGGAAAAGUAUUUGUUCUCAUUAAAUCACGUGCUCCCUUUGCUCCGAUUGGCUCGCAUCAGUCGUAUCAUCCAUCUUGUUCCUGGGACUCGGGGGAUCCGGACGUUGCUUUUGGCCUUUAGGAUGUCACUUCCUGCCCUCUUCAAUAUUUGCUUCCUCCUCUUCAUCCUCAUGUUCACCUUCUCCAUCUUUGGCAUGAUCAGCUUCGGCCACAUAAAGUAUGGGGCCAUGAUCGACGACAUGACUAACUUUGAGACUUUUGUGAACAGCAUGAUCUGUUUGUUAAUAAUGACCACGAGAGUCGGAUGGGACGGUCUGCUGCUUCCCAUCCUGAACACACCUCCAGACUGCGACCCAUACAUCGAGAACCCAGGAUCGACCGUCAGAGGAGACUGUGGCAGCCCAAUGGUUGGCAUCAUCUUCUUCGUCUCCUACAUCACUCUGUCCAUCCUGCUGGUGGUCCAAAUGUUUAUCACCGUCGCCCUGGAGAUCUUCAACAUGGACGACGCCGAGCACCUGAGUGAUGACAACCUGCAGAUGUUUUAUAAAACCUGGAAGAUGUUUGACCCUGAUGCCUCACAGGUCAUAGAAUACAGUCAGCUGUCAGAUUUCUGCAGUGCUCUGCAGGAUCCUCUGAGGAUUCCCAAACCAAACACCCUAAAACUGACCCACAUGGAUCUGCCUUUGCUUCCUGGAGACAAGAUUCACUGUGCAGACAUUCUGCUAGCGCUCACUGCACAGGUGUUUGGUGAUUCAGGAAAGAUGGACUCUCUCAAAGACCGACUGGAGAGAAAGUUUACAACUGACAACUCGUCCAAGGUGCCGUAUGAACCAAUCAGCAGCACUCUGAGGAGGAAACAGGAGGAGGUGGCUGCGACGGUGAUUCAGAGAGCAUACAAGAAACACCUCCUGCAGCACAGAGAUGCUGGGGAGAUGGGGGCAGAGCCUGCAGGUGAAGCCUCAGGUGCUUCAGGUGUUUAAGGCUCCUCCCACCCUCAACAUCCCUGACUUCCUGUCAGACGAGAACCUCAGGGAGUCUGUUGUUGUAAUGUUUCCCCUUUCUCCUGUUUCUCUUUGGACAAACUGUGACGCUCUUCUGUUUUUUCUGUCUUCUUGUUCUGUUUGUGUUGAGGGGUUUUCUCUGUGGAGCUGAGUCCUUGCGUCAAACAGAUAAACUUCAUUUAACCAAUAAUCCAUGUUAGUAAGACGUAUCUAACACUUAUUACUGUGGCUGAUCUGCUGUCGACCAUUAAUGCCUUUAGUUUCAUCAGACUGAUCAUACAGUGUUUUUAAUGUCUUCAGGAGACUGAUACUUUUUGAUGGACACUGAAGAUGACCAAUCACAGAGCUUCACUUUGGUGUGAUAUCAUCAUACCACUAUCAUGGUAUUGUUCUGGUGUCAGCACACUAACGUGCUCGCAGUGACAAUGUUCAUCAUCAGUUUAGCUUGCUAACAUGUUAACAUUAGCUAAUUAGAGCUGAGGCUGAUGGAAACAUUGUUAGUUCUGCAGGUCUUAAACCAAAGUAUGAGACAGAGUAACAUGUUGACCUGAUGAUGGGGUGAGACAUAAAGUCAGAGUAAAGUAGACUAAACUAAACUAAACUGGGUCAGAUCAGACCACAGAAACAUGUUGAGUUUGUUGGACGACAGUAGACUGAUUAAAACCUGUGCACGUUCACAGUUAUACUAAUAUUUCAAAUAUUAUUUUCUCAAACUUCAUAUGAUUAAAUGUGUAUUAUUUCCUCCUGACUGUGGCCUCAUACUCUGCCACCAAAGUCCAGAGAAAAUGCUCCAGUGCUGAUGAUGAUCGUGGCCUUAAUGUGAUUAUUUUAUAUUUCAUCAUUAAUCUACAUUUAACCAUGUAUUGGAUAUAUUCUCUAACAAUACUCACCCUUAUGUAUUGAUCAGCUGGUUAACUACUAUCAACAGUUUAUUUGUGUGUUUCUUCUUCACAGAGACAGUUUUGUCUGUGUGGAUCCUAAACAUUUCAACAGUUAUCACCAUCAGACUUUCCCAGCUCAUUACUCACAUUAAGACAAUUAAUUUUUGUGUUACAAGCUUUCUGAAAGUUUAAAUAUAACUUUGUCAUUUUCUAAUUAAAAUGUACUGAUUUGCAUUAAAGUCCAGAGCAUCUGAAAAUUUGAUAAAACCAGGUUCACGUCUUGUUUAUGUUGUUGACAUUUUAGAGUCAAAGGUUUUUACAGAGGUGAGUUUUCAUUAAAGAAAAAUCAGUUUUCUCCAUGUCCCUCCAACCCCCCACAAAAACCUCCCACCACCUCAUGUUCAGUUUUAUAGAUCAACCACUGAUCAUUUUUUACUUUUUCAUUCUUUAUUUUACCGUUUUGAUGCUGUUGUUUUCUUGUUGUAAAAUGUAAUCAAAGAAAUAAAUGCAGUUCUAUACACUU